CUUCAAAAUGUACUAUACGCUUGAUCAAAAGUCUCUAGAAUAUAUCUUACAAUUUCGAAAUAGAAAGGAUACCAAAACAGUGCCUAUGUACGUACUUGCUUGUUUAAGCAAAAUCUUUGAUGCCUUUUUGUCAAACUGAAGUUACUUCUGUCUGGAGCAACAAUUUGAUGCUUUCCUUCACAAACCCUAAGUCUCUCAGAUAUACUAUGCAUGUAAAGAAACUAACAAAAACAAAAAAUCAAUUACCUAAUAACACAAAAUCAACCAGUGCAAUAAAAAUCCAUUUUUGUUUUUACUCUUAGGAAAAAUGGCUUCUACAUUUCUUCUAGGCCAUAGUCAGAAACUCACACUUCCUUUCUCUAAUUUUUUCACCUCCACACACAAACCAGUUCUCAGAUCUCAAACCCCUUAUUUUGGUAUUCCUUCCAAUGUCGGUCAAAGCAGCCGUUUGUUCAUCAGAUCACCACCAAUCACGAUGGCCAAAUCAGACAGCAAAACUGAUAAUAAUCACGAUGAUAAAAAGCAAUUAACGCCACUAAAAGUGGCGGCGGGAGCAUCCCUAGCACUUGCUUGCGCCUUAAGUAUCUUCGGCUUUAAGAUAAAGAAUGUGAGCUACUCUGCCGCCGCAGCUGCGCAUCCAAGCGCCGCCGACAUGAUCAUAUCCGGGAAGCCGAGCUCAGCCGUAUCCGCUGCUUCCGAUAUGAAUCCUUUGCCAGCUAAGUUCGCAUUGCGGUCUCUCUUUGAAGUGAGCUCAAUGCUUGCUUCGGCUAAACCCAUUCCUUCUCAAAGACCAUUCAGUCUCCAAAAGCUCCCUUCUUUGCCUUCAAAAGAAGAUAUUGAUUUCAUUAAGAUGGAGGCGGUACGGAAGAUGAAGGAAGGAAAAUGUGAGGAGGCGGUGCAGCUCCUUCGUGACGCAAACAUGCGAUACAAAAACGAGCCUGAGGCCGACUUCAACGUGCAGAUGGCUCUUGUUGAGAUUUUAAUAUUGCUGGAAAGGUAUCAAGAAGCUGCUGAGUAUAGUUGUCUAAAUGACGACAAUGCCCAGAUUUCUGAUGUACGAAUCCCUCUUUAUAAGGCAAUUAUAUACACGAUGCUAGACAAAGACACGGAAGCCAAGCAGUGUUGGAAAGAGUUCAGAAAAUCUAUUGGUGAAGGAUUUGACCCUUUCAGCUUCGAAGAAUGAUUAUUUCACUAGAAUUUUAUUGGGUAAACAUAAUUACUAAUCUAUGAAAACAUUUUACCACCAGCGGCUAGUGAGUGGCGAAUAAUUUUUUUAAAUGUUCCAGUGGUAGAUAAACUUCAUUAAUUCUGACGCAUAUCAUCAGAUUGUUGCACUCGGUCACGCUGAAUUUGAUUUAAUGCAAAAUAUCUCAAGAACAUUUUACGAACGUAAUUGGGCAAUGUAAUUUUAAAGGAGAGCUAGAGAUAA